CAACAGCUCGAGGCAGGCCGGGUGGGGCCGGCGCCCGCGAUGCCGGGCCCCUGGUGAUGCUGCAGGACCCUCAGAAAAAGCCACGAGGGGGCUCAGGACCCAGAAGCAUGAGGCUUGAUGGAGGAGAGGCAGCUGCCCAGCCAGGAGAGGCCCUGCCACCCGCGCCCAACGGCAGUGGCAGUGAGCCGAGCCAGGAGUUCGAAGGCUACUGGCCCGAGAUCCCAGAGCGGUCCCCGUGUGUGGCUGGCGUCGCCCCUGUCAUCUACUACAGCAUCCUGCUGGGCCUGGGGCUGCCUGUCAACCUCCUGACCGCCGUGGCGCUGGGCCGCCUGGCCGCCAGGACGCGGAAGCCCUCCUACCACUACCUGCUGGCGCUCACGGCCUCGGACAUCGUCACCCAGGUGGUCAUCGUGUUCGUGGGCUUCCUGCUGCAGGGGGCCGUGCUGGCCCGCCGGGUGCCCCAGGCCGUGGUGCGCGUGGCCAACAUCCUGGAGUUCGCCGCCAACCACGCCUCCGUGUGGGUGGCCGUGCUGUUCACGCUGGACCGGUACCGCGCCCUGUGCCGCCCCCUGCGCCACCGGGCCGCCUCGUCCCCUGGCCGCACCCGCAGGGCCAUCGCCGCCGUCCUGGCCACCGCCCUGCUGACCGGUAUCCCCUUCUAUUGGUGGCUGGACGUGUGGAGGGACGUGGACCCCCCCAGCACGCUGGACGAGGUCCUCAAGUGGGCCCACUGCCUCAUCAUCUACUUCGUCCCUUGCGGCAUUUUCCUGACUGCCAACUCGGCCAUCAUCUGCCGGCUGCGCAGACGUGGCCGGGGGGCGCUGCAGCCACGGGUGGGCAAGAGCACGGCCAUCCUCCUGGGCGUCGCCACGCUCUUCGCCCUGCUUUGGGCACCCCGAAUUUGCGUCAUGCUCUACCACCUAUAUGUGGCACCCGUCCACAGGGACUGGAGGGUCCACCUGGCCUUGGAUGUGGCCAACAUGGCGGCCAUGCUCAACACCACAGUCAACUUUGUCCUCUACUGUCUGGUCAGCAAGACUUUCCGGGCCACUGUCCGAGAUAUUGUCCACGAGGUCCACCUGCCCUGCGCCCUGGGGUCACGGCCAGAGGAGCCAGCCCUGAAGCCUCCAGGACUCCCCGAAGGGGCAGAAUUGUAGGGGAGGCGCCAGCCAGGGACCUUGGGUUGGCUCAGGGCCAUACCUACUGGGGGCUUUUGUGGUUGUGCCCCCUGAACUAUCAAUACCCGACUUUGGCGUCUGGAGAGGCCCCUUCCUGGGGGUGGUGCCCUAGAUGGAGGGGAGUGUUAUAGCUUUAGGACAUCCUUUUCCUCCUAAUAGGAGGACAAUUUAGCCAUCUCCCCCACUAGUUUCACCAGCCACCCUCACUCCCUGGGACCAGGAAAGGGGUCUGCCUGGCACAGCUAACCAUGUCAGUUGCCAAGGGCAUCCCUUCAAACCUGGCAUGUUUGUAUUUAUAAUAUGCAUCUCAUGAAGGCCAAGUUAAUGUUGGCGCUUGGGUGGGUGGAUGGAUGGAUGUAUGGAUGGAUGAUGGAUUUAUUUGAAUGGAUUCCAGCCUCCUCCUUUCUGAGGUUCAUUCCUGAGUUAAUCACUUCUCUGGCUUCUAGGGUAGAAAGAUUCCCCGGGGUGGGAGAUCCAGUGAGCUGGCUGAGAGACCCGGAGGACUGCUUGGGAAAGGAAGUGAGGGGUCCUUAAAGCAGAUUGGAUACCCCUGCCCCAGGUGACACCUGUGGGGUUUCUAGAAUCCCCUUCUGAGUCCCCUUAACUCCCUGCCCUGGAGCCAGGACAUAUUCAGGGCCUGGAUGCACCAGGGACUGCAGUUUUCAUUGUUGCUCCUGAAGAGAAAGGAAAUGGCCUCUCAGCUCAAGAGCCGGGAGAGGGGGAAGGGAGGGGCCCAGCCGCACCCUCCAGGCCCUUGGAGCAAGGCCUCCUGGUCCACCAGCAGAGGAAGGAGAGGGCCUCCCUCAUCAGGACCCUGAAGGGCUCCUCUCCCUGGGCCCCACCCCAGCCUCUCCGGAGACCCCUGCCCUUUCAGGACGCUGGCCUGGAGAGGCAGCUGAGAGAGCUUAGCAGAUGGACUCCCACCUGCUCCCGCGCUGGGUAAACACAUUAGCGGGGAGAGAACUGGGCUGCUUUCUGCUUCCAGGUCAGGCUGAGCUGGCCUUUCCCCUGAAUGGGAGGCCCGGGCCCGCCCCCGCCAGCACCCAGCCCCUUAAUGGGUGACAGACGGGAGAGCCAGCUGUGUGCCCGGGACACGUGGGGGCACAGCGCAUGCUGGCCUCCCCCUCUGCUUUCUGGAAGGGACGCUCAGCAGGAGGACAAGGCAGCUCUCCAGUCCUUUAGCCACAACUCUAAACUCCAAAGAGCUCUGGAAACCAAAACAUUUGUCCUGAGUUUGCUUCGGACAGGUUUAGGGACAAAGCCUUCUGGAUGCAGUUACGAAUGGCCGGUCUCUCAGAUAAGCACUAACAAGUCUGUCUUCCCCCACCUCUUGCAAUUUCCCCCUUAUUUGGCAAGUUUGCCUUCUUCUUGCCGUCUCUCAGAUAAGCAUUAACAAGUUCGUCUUUCCCCUAUUUCUUGCAGUUCCCCCCUUGUUUGACAGGUUUGUCUUCUUGCAUUCCAAGGACAGCAAUUAAAAAAGCGAGCUGGCGCCCACCUGUCUCCCUUCUCCUCCCCUUUACGGACCCUCCCCCAUGGCCCCCCUUUUUUUCCUUUGUAUAAAUACCCCUGGACUCUGCCAAAGAGCAGGACGGUUGUCUUUCGGACGUGGUCUGCUGCCCUCCUCAUUUGUCCACAAAUUAAACCAUGUUCCUUUUUCUCAAGCUCUAUUUCCUUUUAUUGGCUGAGGGAAACUGAGGCCGGUGUCAGGUAUCAAUUUGGCGAGCCACCUGAAGCUGGAUGCCACUUCGGCUCUCCCAACCCCAACUCUGACUUCCAA